AUGUAUUCCUCUUACCUGCGGCCCGCCCUCCGACAUGGCACUGGCACCGCUGUCACAUGCCGAAAUGCUUCCGGAUGCAUACGAUACUUCUCAGCGAGGGGGGCCCUUCAGCAGGAAAUAAGGGACGCAUACAUAUUGAGCGCCUCGAGAACACCAACAGCCAAGUUUAAUGGAUCAUUCCUCACCGUCCCCGCUCCUAAGCUCGGCGCCGUCGCCAUCAAAUCCGCCAUCGAGAAAUCCGGCGUGCCAGCCGACAAGAUCACAGAUGUCUACAUGGGCAACGUGAUACAGGCCUCUGUCGGGCAGGCCCCAGCGCGGCAGGCAUCCAUUUUCGCGGGCCUUCCACCCUCAGUCGAGGCCAUCACCAUCAAUAAGGUGUGCGCAUCGGGCCUGAAGGCUGUCGUCUUCGCCGCGCAGAACAUCCAGCUGGGACUGGCCGAGGCACAGGUCGCUGGAGGCAUGGAGAACAUGUCUCAGGUACCCUACUAUGUCCCGCGCGCGAGCUCGCUGCCGGCAUUCGGGCACGUCAAGAUGGAGGAUGGCCUGAUUAAGGACGGCUUGACAGAUGUGUACGAUCAGAUACACAUGGGAAAUUGCGCUGAGAACACGGCCAAGAAGUAUGAGAUCACACGUGAGAUGCAGGACCAGUAUGCAAUCCAGUCGUACGAGCGCGCACAGGCGGCAUGGAAAGCCAAGGCAUUCGCCGACGAGAUCGUGCCGGUGACGGUUAAGGGCAGAAAAGGCGACACCGUGAUCGAUACAGAUGAGGGUUAUAUGGAUGUCAAGCUGGAAAGGAUACCCACGCUGAAGCCCGCCUUCAUUCGGGACGGCACAGGCACAGUCACCGCGGCGAGCUCCUCGACGCUCAACGACGGAGCCAGUGCGCUGGUGCUUGGUAGCAAGGCGAUCGCGCAAGAGUUUGGGUCAAAAUCGAGAGUUCUUGCAAGAAUAUGUGGAUCUGCGGAUGCUGCGGUGGAUCCAAUCGACUUCCCUGUUGCGCCUGCAAAAGCUGUGCCUAUUGCCCUUGAGAGGGCUGGUAUCACGAAGGAUCAGGUGGCCAUUUGGGAGUUCAACGAGGCCUUCGCCGCCGUGAUCAAGGCUAAUGAGAAGAUCCUCGGACUUGAGGGGGCUAAGGUCAACCCAUUAGGUGGUGCCAUCUCAUUGGGCCAUGCGCUCGGAAGCUCAGGAUCUAGGAUCCUCACGACCCUUCUCCAUCAACUCAAGCCGGGUGAGUAUGGUGUUGCCGCGAUCUGUAAUGGUGGCGGUGCUGCUACGGCCUUAGUAGUGCAGAGAAUUGAGUCCGUAUAGGAAGGGAGUGCGGUACAGAAGUGUACAAUAGGUAGUUUGAAGGUGGAUGAGUUUAUAUGAGGCGCAUAAAAUGCAUAUGACGAAAAUAUCAGAAAUGAAGAACAAAUAUGUGCC